CUCAACAGCGUGAACCGUGCGGACGCAAAGCUAAUUCGCUCCCCCGAAGAAAGCCGCUCAAACAUUUCUUGGGAAAAUUGUAACUGGUGACUUCCCUCUUUCUUUCCACGUGUAUGUGUGUGUGUUUGUAGGUGUGUGGGUGUGUGUGUGUCUGUGCUCUGCUAGCCAAACACAGUGUGUGGUACAAGGGAAAAUUCGUUCAGUGCGUAAGGCGUGAAAAAUCAUUCCCUUGCCGUUGGGCUUACUCGCUCCCAGCGCUUUGUGGUGCGUUCACGCUCUCGUGUGUCUGUGCUCCGUGACAUCAUCACCAUCGUCAUCGCCAUCAUCACCAGCAGCAGCAUCAUCUGGGCGCGUAUGCAUCCAUCGGCGGUGGUGUAAAAGAGUAGUAGGCCGUGCCGAAGUGACCGGGUUGAUCAAAUCGUGCAAAAGCGUUGCUGUGAAGAAUUUAGUGAAAAGUUUGUAUUUUAGAAAAACUGUUUUCAACCACCAAUAAACUAAUCACGGGUGAACAAGUGAGGAAGCUGCUGCUGACAAGCGAAUCAUCUGUUUCAAUUUGUCGUCGUUAAGUGAGGAAAGAAUUCAUUCUCCUCCCAGCACGAAGUAUUAGGACGGUUCGCCCGGGAAGCUACAGGCGCUAGACAUCGCAAACGAACGGAGUGCAAUCAUUUGUGAUAUUAAUAUUUACCUAUUUAUUACUACUGCAAAGCUCUACUGGUCUAACUGGCCUUUAGUGAGACGCGACGGUGUUCGAUUAUUGGCAGUGUGUUGUGAAGUUAGCGUGAAGUGAUAUUGUAACGAAAUUGGUGACUAAUUGUGUAACAAAACAAAACAACAAAAACCAUUCCAAAAUCAUGGAGUUCCGCUUCAACAUGCAUCCCCUGUUCCGGGCACGGAUUGUUCGGAUAAAUAACUCGCUGCUGCCGACCGGCUUCGUCGCACAGUCCCGCCGCGUUGCACUUGAUGCCACGGCACAGAUUUCGGAGAUCAUUAACACGAUCGGCUCGAUGUCGGCACAGGCCCAGGGCCUUUCCGUCCCGGUAACGACCGCCCAAAAGCUGCGCAACUCGGACCAUCACAUCUAUCUGAUGUUUGAAUCGAACGACAGAAAUGGUCUCGUCGUCGGCAUACUGAAGGUGGGCCGCAAAUCGCUGUACGUGUUUGAUCCGUCCGGCGAAACGGUCAACGUGACGGCACCGUGUGUGCUCGACUUUUACGUGCACGAGUCCCGCCAGCGCGGCGGUCUUGGCCGCGAACUGUUCGAGCAUAUGCUGCGGGAGGAAAACAUACAGCCGGACGAGCUGGCGAUCGAUCGGCCGUCCGAGAAGUUGCUCGGUUUCCUGCAGAAGCAUUACGGACUGUCCAAGAAGAUUCCACAGAUGAACAACUUUGUCGUGUAUGAAGGUUUCUUUGCCAGCAAGGCCCAAAACUCGACCGACAUCGAUGGUCGUCGCAUGCACAUCACUGCUAGUCCUAACACGAACCUGUUCGGGCCAACGUUUACCACGACGGAGGAAAGACGUCGUUCCACCUCGCAGACCAGAACGAACGUAGCGCCGAUGCCGAUCAUUGCCCAACCGCCGGUCGGUCGGUAUGCGGCCAAGCGGCCAACCUGCAGCAUGGCACAGAUAAUUCACAACAGCCCCACAACAGUUUCAACGGAACCGAACAGCACCGCUAACGCUAACGCUAAUGCUGCUAAUGGACACGCUGCCGCUAACGGUAGCAAUGGGCAUGAGGCCGAGGACGAUGCCGCUCAUCAGCACCGGUACGAGACGGACUCGAUCGAGGGCGGUGGCGGUGGCGACGGUGGCGAGGAGGAGCAGGAGCUCGAUCAGCGGUUGGCCGACGAGAUGGAGCGCUGCGUCGAGCUCGGUGCCGGUGGUGAUGAGCCGGACGCCUCGCGCUACACGCCGCACCACGGGCUGGAGGUCAAGUUUGCCGACCAGCCGGAAACGCUACCGUACGACGAUAUGCCCGAGCCCGGUCCCGACCCGGAUCCGUACGAUUUCCAUCCGCACCAUCUCGAGCUGCACGAUGACACGGAGGGUGGUGGUGGCUCGCACCGGGAACAGUCCUUAUCGCCUCAAUCUGUCAGCCAGCAGGCGUCGCCGGUGCAUCCGGCCGGCAGCGACUACGGCGUGCUGGGCAGCAGGAAGCCGGCCCGCUACACCAAGCAGAACACCGGGCUGAAGAACAUCUCGUUCGGCGUCGGGGCGGCGGUCAUGCCGAGCGGCAAGAUGGAGUUCGACCAGGAGGAGAACGAGGGCUUCGGCUCGGUCAAGAUCAACCGGCCGAUCGGGAAGUCGGGCACGCGGGGCAGCCUGCACGAUGACAACGAGUCGGUGCACUCGAACGGCAGCCAGCAGGGCGGGGGCCACUUUGAUCUCAAGUUUUACCACAACAAGCUGUGGUAAAGUAAUGGCUGUAGGUGGUGCAGUUACCGAAGGGGACGGGAAGAAUGGCGUGGUUUGCAGUGAAGUAGCCUGCUUACAGUAGAUCCUAAAAAGAGAGAGAGAGUGAGAAAGUAAAGAAGUAGUUAGAAGAGUGGUUGGUAAAAAGCAUAAAUGCUAAGAUCGAUAAAGUUGUAAUGCUGAUAGCUGAUGAUCUUCCUGAUAGCUUCCUGUUGCUUUUCUCCCGAAUUGUUUUGCGCUGCGUGUAGGGGGAUGCUUCCCACGUGUUACCGAGAUUGUUUGUUCCGUUAAGUUGUUGGCUUUUUUGUGGGUGUAGAGUGUGUUGUUUUUGUUUGUUUUUCUGCGUACCGGAAGUUAGACGACUUCGUGUGGUGUGUUACUUUAAAGCUGUUUUGUUUUGUGUCAUGCACCUUUCGUUGCAGCAACGUGCAGCAAGACUUUCUGAAGGAUUACAUUAUUCAUUGAGCGGAGUGAGUGUGUGGGAGUGUGUGACACACGCGCUAGAACCUGAAAACAACCAUACACAUCUAUUUGUUAGAUUUAAGGGAGUGCAGUGCAGUAUAUAAGGCUCACCUGCAAUGGUGGUUUAUCAUCGUCAACCGAUCUGUAGCGAAUACUACUACCUACUACACCUACUGUCUAGUGUAAUAAUGCGUCUAUAAAGGUGAGAUAAUACGCAGUAGCAUACCCUCCUGUCUUACAUUCCGCGUCCGUAAGAUUCUACAUUCCAAAGUAGUGGCAGUAUAAUGCAGUAACAGUGUUAGAGCGAGGGUCUCGCGUAGGGGAAAAUAAAUUUAGGAAGAAAACCGUGUAAUUCGCUAAUUCCAACGCUCAUUCCCUGUUGCUUCAUUGUCCCCCUUCCUGAAUCUCUAUUCUACUAUACAAAAAAAAAACAAAAUGUAUGUCGACGUAUAAUAAUCGUUUGAAAAGAAAAAAAAAACAAUAAACAAAACAG